GCUAAACGACGGCUGAGCGUAGCUUGCUGGGAAAACUAACCGGACUCGGCAAGGUGCUUGUGUACUGCGACAAGAGCUUCAGUUUUUUUCUCCAAGUUGUACAGAAGUAACAUCAAAGAGCUAUUUAUUAUUGCAUAAUUUAUGCGCCUUAAAUUAAAACGCUACAAAUUACUAAAGAUGUGAAAAGGCCGGACACUGGGAAGACAAGUAAUAAGUAAAAGCACGGUAAGGUCCUGUCCAGGCACAACGGUCCAUGUUAGUUGGACCUUUGGGCUCUGGGCUCAACUAGCAUGAAGAUGGCUGACUCAGAGAAGACAGAGGAAUUUGUGGAUGCCGAGAGCCUCCCUGAGUGCCUUUUUGAUGCAGAGUCAGCUACUGCUUCUGUCAAGGGAGAACAGGAUGAGCAUCUUAAAACAGAGACCACCACCACUACCAGCUCGCCACCGAGGGAAAGGGAGCCAGAUAGCCCCUUGCAGACAGAGGGUGAGCCGGGCCUCCUCUCUAUGCCGUGCCUGAUGAAGGAGCUCCGCCGCGACUCCCCAGAGUCCCAGCAUGCCUCUGCAGGGACUGACAAGCCUGUCUCUCGUAAUGUCUAUGAGAGCGACUCCUCAAACCCGUGCAUGCUCUCCCCUUCCUCCAGCGGCCACCUGGCUGACUCAGACACUCUCUCCUCAGGGGAGGAAGGGGCAGCUCCUCGCACAGGAGAAGAGGAAGAGGUCAAUAUGGAAGCCACCACUGAUGCUGGGCAGGCAGCAGAAGGACAAACAUCUACAGCAGCAACAGGGGGGAGAAAGUCUCGGCGGUCACGUUCAGAGAGCGAGAUGCCCACUAUUGCAAUGGCAGCCAAAAAAAAUCGCAGCCAGCACUCUGCAGUGGCAACAGGUGGGCAAGAAAAGCAAGCCAAUGGUAAAAUGGCAAAAGUGAAAGGUCAUCGGAGCCAGAAACACAAGGAGCGUAUGCGUUUGCUCAGACAGAAACGGGAGGCAGCAGCACGAAAGAAGUAUAACCUGCUGCAGGACAGCAGUACGAGUGACAGCGAACUCACAUGUGAUUCCAGCACCAGCUCCUCUGAGGAUGAGGAUGACGACACCUCCGGAGGCAGCAAGACAAUCAACACAGACAUCCCAGCUGGCUUCAGACGUGCAACGGAGAGAUCCAGAGUGGGUGCCCAGAUUCAUGGGCUGCUGGACAGCGGCUCAUGGGACAGGAACAGCAUCGGCAGCGUUCUGGAGGAGGCCAUGACACGCUUUGCUGUGAUGCAGCGCCAGACUGAGGAGCGCUUCCGCAUCUGGAUGGAAAGGCUUGCACGCCUCGACUCGGAUGACGACGACUCAUCCAAACGCUCAAGUGAUGCCCUAGAAGGGCGACAGCAACCCUCUCGAGGGGUACGCCAUUCACCUCCCAGUUCCUUCUUACCAUCGUCAGAGUCUGCAGAGACCAUGGCGGCGUACAUGCUGGCUCGAGAGAGCACCAGUCUCAGCCCCGCCCCUAUAAACAACAACAACAUUCUACCUGAAGUGGUCACUCAAAACGGAAACCUAGGCGUUCCAGACCCUGGUCUCUUGAAUGUUUAGAUUUCACUUCUGUUUCACUCCUUGCAGUUUCAUACUGUCAUCUUACCAAGUGUAGACCUAGUUGAUGCAGAAAGCAUGGCUGUGGUUAUAAACAAUGUGAGGACAAUUCACUCAAACUGUCACACCAUCAGCUGCAACUGAGCUAUUCAUUUGAAAGACUUCUUGACCCUGUGCAGGACCCGAGGCCCAAUGCACCUGCUAGCACUGAAUCACUGUGAGAUCUAAUAUUCUGAAUAACUCAACUCACCUAUAUGAUUUCUUCAACCAAAUGACUUGUUUGUACAGGAAAGGACAGCUAAUAUGAAAGCUUGAGCAGCAUAUGUGACAUGGACAUGGGGCAUACUUCAAAAGAAAUUGAGUCAGGGCUUUUCUUGUAUUGCUUGUUGUAUGGCAUAUUCCAAGUGUUUUCUUGUUUACCAGCUUCUCUCUCUGUGUCUGUCUGUCUCUCUCUCUCUUUCUCUCUCGCUCUCUCACACACAUUUACACACACACACACACACACACACACACACACACACACACACACACACACACACACACACAGAGUGGCUGUCAUUCUUAUAAAAUGUGCAUUACAGCACCUGGGCAGCCAUUAUUACAGUGCUAGGUAGGGUGCUGCUGCUUCAUAGCAUGUGCCUUGUCGUACUGAAUUCAUGCUGGGAAUGAUACAUAGAGCAUCAUAGUGCUAUUUCUUUAGGAAUCAGGUUCAAGACAAAGCAUUAGCCUACUUUCCCCUGAACUAUGCCUGCACUUUGCUUGUAAUUGGUUCAGGACUUUUUAACUCUUGUGACAACCUUUAUUUUGGUGGCAUAGCUUUACUAACAUCAAAACAUUAAAAAAUGAUUUGCCUAUAAUAUAAAUGCAAUAUACUAACCCACACAGUUUCUAGCUUUGUUUUUCAGAGCAAAAACGUAGGGGCGUAAAUAGUUUACUUGUUCAAUUUUUAUUAUUUUUAUUUUUAUUAUUAUUAUUAUAACUGUUUGCCUUUUUGUUAUCUUGGCUGCCAUACUGCCGUUGUGCAGUAAUGAAUCAAACUAGUGAGGGAGAAAUGACUCCCAGGAUUUAUUUUUAGUGGACUAUGUAUAAAUCUUGGAUAUCAAAUUAGGCUCGUAGUCUUUUGUAGUGGAUUAACAAGCUUCAAUAUCAAGAGCCUCAGAACUCCACAUAAUGUUAUUGUUAUGUUUUUUGCACUGGUCUGCAGUCUGCCAGCUUGCUCUGUGUGUAUAGAAAAUGCUACCUGUUUAGCAGCUUGGUUUUAAACUGAAAACCCAAGAAUCAGACGAAGAUAAACAGCAGUAAUGGAGCUGCAUCAUGGUGCAUGGCAGAGUUUACUGAUUUGCAAAUUCAAAAAGACUGACUGAUCCAGGUGAUCAAGUGGCCUUCUCUGGUUCAGAUCCUGUGGUCUUUGAGGUGGAAAUGCUCCCCCUCAACCUUCUAUUCCAGCUACUUUUACAGACACUGAUGACUUCAGUGUCACAGACCUUAACACUCAAAACACUGUCAAACUAUCACCGACACUGGCUGUCACAGCAAUCAUUGGCCUAAUCUUACUCAAAGUUAGGGUGAAAUGCAUUCUCCUAAGUGUAUGUAUAGCCCUGUGAUUGUCAGUUCUACAAUAAUUUCAGCUGAAAGCGUCAAAUUGUUUUCCCUUCUGUUUGCAUGUGGAAAUGCCCCACCCUUGUGAUUAUGUAAAUUAGUGUCUAGGAUGUGCAAGACCAAAUUAGUCUUCAUCAGCAGCAUGUGUGCAAGGUAUAGACGGAACAUAUUCUCAUCUAGGUAGUUAUUUUCUCUUGGCCUCAUGGUUUUGUUUUAGAUUUGUUUGAAUGUUGUCAUUUUGUUUUAUGAUGCACAAUUACUUAGUUCAAAUUGAUCCUGUAGUGGUCCUCAAUGUUUCUUUGUUUUGUUUUUUAAUUGAGAUUAUCUUCAAAAUCUCUGGUAUUACAACUGCAAUGUCUACAUUGUAAACGGGAGCCUUGUUGCAUCAUCACAAACUGUGUGCAUUAAAAACACCACCAAGGACAGUCCAGUGUUUACCAAAGAGACUAUCCUAGUUUGCAUUAGUCCUUUUUCUAUCUUUAUUACCCAGGCUUUACCUUGUCAAGUGCUUGGUUUCUCUGGUAACCUUGGUAUUUUGUCCCAUUUCUAUAUUGGCUACCCAUAGUACAUGUUGUCCAGAUGAUCAUCACACAGGCAGGUGUAUGGACAGCAGUAAGUCUCACUCCCAGGGACUCCUUUUACAGGGUAGAACAGAGAUAAAUGUUCCCACUAUCCUAAAGCAGGGAGUUUUGUUGUUUUGUCUUGUUACUAUUCCACUACAUUUCAUUCACUGAAUAAGAUUACUCUUGAAGUGUUUUGUAAUGAUUGUAUUCUUGUGUAGUUUUUGUGUGAAUGGCUAUUAUUUUGAAAACAUUAAAGAGAGACAAAAUUGCUGCCACAACAUGUUUAUUAGCGCAUUGCAUGGAAACAAAAAGAAUGACUGUACACCCAGCUCCACAUAAAGGUUGUAUUUGUCGACGUUUUGGUCAGUAUAUCUUAAAUGCAGUUUGGUGUUCUGUCUGAAACAUUGAAAAAUAUAGCCUUUAUGUGGACCUGAGUGUGUGUGGUCAUUCUUUUUUUUUGUUUGUUGUUUUCAAAUAUGAUUUGCUGCGUUUCUCCCAGCAUCGCAUAUUAGUGCAUCAUAAACACAACUGCUCCUUACACAUACAUUGCUUAUCAGUGGACCUACAAAAAGUAAUGACAUCAUCAAGACAUAGCCAAGAUGCAUUAAUGCAGUGAGUUAGAUCAUUACAUUAGCUAGGCUUCAUUUAUAGUGGGAGGUUUCUGUAAUUGCUGGUAUUUUACAGCAGAACCAGCAUGACUAACAUAAACAGGCCAACCGUUUAUUAUAGAAUUGUUAUAGCCUUUUGAUCAGCAUUAUUAGUGUAAACUGUUGCAGUUGGGAAGAUGGAUACAUUUUGGUUUGCAUGAUGUACAGCUGGAGCUAGAAGGACUAUGGAUGCAGUGUCCAGUCUGCGCCACAUAGACUCGUAAUGCUCACAGGCAUGAUUUGAAUAAUGAAGUCUUUUCUUUGU